AUGACUCAAUGUAUAUGCCUCCAAGAGGAAGAAUCUGUAAUGCAUGUUCUCUGGUAUUGCCCUACUGCCAAUGAUGUGUGGGCGGGGUUCCUAAAAAUAGUGCAGAAAUGGAAGAUACAAGAAGAAACAGAUUUACUGAGCUUAUGGGAGAGUUUGACUAAAAAGCUCCAUAAAACUGAAAUGGAAGCAAUAGCUGCCAUAAUGAGGAGUCUGUGGAUCAGAAGAAAUGUUUUCAUUUUUGAACAGAAGUUCACCAGUCCUAGCAGUGUUAUUAGAUCAGCAAAAGAUUUCUUGAAUGAGUUUCAACAGGUCCAAACUCAGUCAAUGGGACAAGGGGGAAACAGCAGUGCAAUGGGAGGUGAGAAAAAAUGGCUUCCACCAGAACAGAGUUGGGUUAAGGCAAACUGGGAUGUAGCUUUGGAUGUUAAAGCAAGAAAGAUGGGUGCCGGGGUUAUAAUAAGAAAUGAGAAGGGAGAGGUCAUGGCAACAUGUCAUGCUCAGAAGCAAAAUGUGGUAGAACCAGCUCUAGCAGAGUGUUAUGCUCUAAGAACAGCAAUGGAUUUUUGUAGAGAUCUCAAUUUUGACAAAGUAAUUUUCGAGGGGGAUGCACAGAUUGUGAUAAAUGCUGUAAACAAUCAAGAUGAAGACUUGUCUUUCUAUGGCAGUAUUAUUGAAGAGUUGAAGAUGGUGAUCAAAGGCUGGCAAGGUUGGACAGUUAAAUACUCACAUAGAGACACAAAUGCAGUAGCUCAUAAACUAGCAAGAGCUGCGUUGCAUUCUGAAGAGGAAAAUAUUUGGAUAGAAGAAGCUCCAAUGUUUGUCUUAAAUAGUUUACAGAUUGAUAAUCUUUGUAUUGAUCAAACAUUUUAUAUUGAUGAAUGA